GUGAAAAUUUGUUUUGUGAAAAAAUUGCAAUUUGUUUAAAUGUCGAGACGAUUAAAUUUGGACCGGCGAACGCGAAAUUCGUUUCAAGUUGUGGCUUCAAGGAGCCGUGAAAGUAGCCAAGACAUUACACAUCGCAAUGAAAAUAAUCGUCUACGCACAGCAAGGUCCCGUUCAAAUCAACGGAACAAUGGUGCAACAACAACUGCAAAUGAACGUCGUGAUAUUCAAAAUCUACAAGGUGUUGCGUUCGCUUACAGUAAUAUCACCAAUCACGCUUCUCAUAGGCAAAUUAAAAUUGGUCCAAUGAACGACCGUUGUCGCCAUUGUCAGGCAUUAAAAUUUAAAGGUGAAGCAGAUGGGAUGUGCUGUGCGAGUGGUAAAGUGAAAUUGCCUGAAUUAGGCAGCCCAACACAACCAUUGAGCACAUUACUUAAUGGAUUGACACCUGAGUCUAAUCAUUUUUUGAACAAUAUACGAAAGUAUAAUUCGAGUUUUUUUUUUUUUUUUUCAUUUUUUAAUCAUUUUUUGAACAAUAUACGAAAGUAUAAUUCGAGUUUUCAAAUGACAUCUUUUGGCGCCACAAAUAUUAUAAGAGACAACUUCAUGCAAACAUUCAAGAUUCAAGGUCAAAUAUACCAUCGAGCUGGCUCUUUGUUACCUUUCGACAACGCAGACCACCAAUUUUUGCAAUUAUAUUUUAUCGGGAACGCGGAAGACGAAGCUGAUCGUCGGUGUGCCAUAAUUACCAACACGCGAAGACAAAUUAUUUUCGAUUUGCAAAAUAUGUUCCAUGAGCACAACGAAUUGGUUCAGGUUUUCAAAACAUCGCUUGAUCGAAUGCCAUCUGACGAUCAUAAAAUUUUUAUUCGAUCUGAUAAAACACCGGUUGGCGAACAUGCAAGGCGUUUCAAUGCACAAAUAGUUGACGAAGUGGCAAUAGUCAUAGUUGGUGAGCAAUUUAAUAAUCGUGAUAUUGUGCUUCAUCGUAGAAAUGAACAACUUGAACGUGUAUCCGAGACUCAUCGCAGUUAUGAUGCACUACAAUAUCCCAUAUUGUUUUGGAGCGGACAAGAUGGCUAUAAUUUCAACAUUAAAAUGAUAAAUCCAGUAAACGGUCGAGAAGGAACAAAGAAAGUUAGUGCUAUGAAUUACUACGCAUACAGCCUGCAGAUACGGCAAAAUCAAGACAACCACAUAUUGAGGUGUAGAGCACUUUUCCACCAGUAUAUUGUUGACAUGUAUGCAAAAAUUGAAUCGGAACGGUUAAAUUUUCUUCGAUUCAACCAAGCCAAAUUACGUUCCGAAGAGUAUGUUCAUUUGCCAUUACCAUUAACAUAACCCAUUAACAACGAUGGUAACGCACAAAACGUUGGAACUAUGAUAAUAUUACCGUCAUCGUAUGUUGGAAGUCCACGUCAUAUGUUUGAGUACGCGCAAGAUGUGAUAUCAUGCGUUCGCCGUUACGGUCGACCAGACCUCUUCAUCACCUUCACGUGUAAUCCGAAAUGGGAAGAAAUCUAGGAAUUAUUGGUUGUUGGCCAAACAUCGAAAGAUCGCCAUGAUAUUUUGGCACGUGUUUUUAGACAAAAAUUGAAAUUACACAUGGAUUUAAUUGUCAAACACGGUGCAUUUGGGUCUGUUCAAUGUUGGAUGUAUUCAAUUGAAUACACUGGAAGCACUUAAUCGUACGUUGAAAGAUAUUCGUGGAGAUAAUCGAUUGUUUGGUGGUGCAUUGAUAUUGUUAGCAGGUGAUUUCAGACAAACAUUGCCUGUAGUCAAACUAGGAACUUCUGCUGAUGAAAUUAAUGCGUGUUUGAAAACAUCUAAUUUGUGGCGCUCUGU